GACGCUGUUUGCUCUUCGCGGAAGUUGCGGCCAGUAGCGGAGGAUUCACGAUGCCCUUGCUGGUUUGAUGUUGAGAAAACGUGGAUUAAAAUAUCCAUUGUUGUUUGACGGCGUUGCUUUUUCUAAUUACGCGAUUUGACUGUCAAAAGCAAAAAUGCCUCUUCUGAAGUACUCCCCUAAAGUGUGGGAGGCCCUUAAAAUGAAACAGGGCAUCUAUGCUCGUCUCCCGAAGCACUACCUCAAGUCACUUGAACAGAAGGAACCCACACCUGUCCACUGGAGGCCUCUAGGAGUCCAGUACCGAGCCAACCCCAACACGGGGCUGAAGGAACGGGUGCAGGAUGUCCCAGUCCCAAUCUACUACCCUCCAGAGUCCCAGGACGGCCUGUGGGGAGGAGAGGGCUGGAUAUCGGGCUACAGAUAUGCCAACAAUGACAAAAUGUCCACUCGUCUGAGGAAAACUUGGAAACCACAAGUGUUCAAGAGAGAACUUUACAGCGAGAUCCUUGACCACAAGUUCACCAUCCCAGUCACAGCUCGCACUCUGGACCUCAUCGAUGCUGCCUACGGCUUCGACUAUUAUAUCCUCAAAACACCAAAGGAGGACCUCAACUCCAAACUGGGGAUGGACCUGAAGAGGGCAAUGCUGCUUCGUUUGGCACGCAAAAACACAGAGCUUUACCCUAAUGACCCCAUUAAACGAGAAAAGGUUUACGAGAAAUACAAGCAGUUUGAGAUCCCAGAAGAAGUGGUAGAGUGGGUUGGUCUAAGUCUGGAGGAGGCUGUGGAGAAACAGCGGCAGCUGGAGCACAAAGAACCUGAAGCUCUGUUUAAGGUCUGUGUGGAUAAGCUGGUGGAGGAGCUGCACAUGAAGAAACUGUUGGAGCCACACGUCAUAGAGAAGAAGUGAUAUCUUGAACCAUUUGUGUAACUGGAAAAAAUUAUUAGGUUGAACUGUGAAGCUUCUCUGGAUCUGGGGGAGAGUUUGAAUCACCACAUCCUUGUUUCUGAAUGCAACCGGGAAGAGCGCAAAGGUGAAAGUGACAGAAGAAAUGUUGGUUUAAUACUUAUUUAUCCUAUUUCACUUAUGGAUUAUUCCUCUUUGCAUUUAACAGCCUUGCAUAAGGAAGUUCAGGAAUUAAGGGGAAAAACCUCCAAUGGUGUAAAUAUUCCCUGAGCAGCUCUGAUAUGAGGCACAUGUAUAAAAAAUAAAAGAUUCCUUUUCUCUUAAAA